GGACUCUGCAUAACGUGCAGAUGAUGGGAAUUAUACUGCACUGUGCUGCUCUUGGUUUCAUAGAGCCCUGUUGGUCCAACUCCGGACAAUUUGAUGAUAGCGGUUUUGGUGGGAGCCUGUUGCGUGUGGCAUGGGCACUGGGGAUUAUAUCUGUGUUACGGUGCACGGAGGCGCGCCCUGGGGCUUCAGUCUCCGCGAGGGAGAGGGGGAUGACUACCGGCGUUUGCAGGUUUAUCAGGUGGAAGAGGGCGGUCAUGCGUCCCUGGCCGGGAUCUGCGAGGGGGACGAGGUGGUGUCGCUGAAUGGAGAACCCUGCGGGGAGCUUUCCCUCCCAAAAGCAAAUGCUCUCAUUGACGCCUCCGUCGACUGCCUGCAACUACUGGUCAAAAGAUGGCACACCAUAUCCCCUGAGGAUUUUCAUUCAGAGACCUACUUUGGCACAAGGGAGUCCUCUGGUGAGGCUUUGGAAAGCACCACCCUCCACAUCCUGUCCCCUGGCAGGUCCCAACCCCCCAGGGAGCUCUACAUCGCUGAUUCCCAGGACGAGGCCUACUAUGGGGAGACAGAGAGUGACAUGGAGGCCCCCGGAGGGAUCCAUCUGGUCCGCACCCAGCUCUGCGUACCUGCGCCUGAGGAGUGCCAGUUCCCCAGAGGAGGAGGGGACAAAGGUCGAGAGGGACCCCAGGGGGGGAGCUUCUCCCCUGGGGCAAUGGUGGAGCUACAGUUGUCCCUCGCCGAACACACCCUGGAGGAUCCCGUCUGCACCUCCCUGGGGAGUGCUCUUGGAAUAGAGGGGGAGAUUCAGGCGAGAGAGGCCCUCAAGAACGAGGCCCUCCUUCACACCACCACCCACUCGCUCUACGUCCCUGGCCCAGCUCGGGAGCCCCUGAGUCAGCAUGGAGUGGUGCUGAGCUCCCCCCCUCUGCUCGGCCAGGUGGAGGUCACCCUGCAGAGGGGCUCUCCUCGCCUGGUAGAAGGGGUAGUCGUCUAUGGGGCCAGUGGAAGUGUUGGUGAAGCCCCUGGGGAGGAAGGAGGAGGGAAAAGCCAGGGAGCCUCCUUCACCGUCUCCUUUGGAAUUCCCACAGAGGGGGCCGAACCAGCAGCGGAGCGAGACUCAGAUUCAGAGAAGGACCUUGAGAAACCUAACAAGCACCGGGCCAAGCACGCCAGGCUCAGGCGCAGUGAGAGCCUGUCAGACAAGCAGGUGAAGGAGGCCAAGUCUAAAUGUAAGCGCAUUGCUAUCCUUCUGAACGCUGAAGCUCCCAACCCCAACAACAAGGGGGUGUUGAUGUUCAAGAGGCAUCGACAGAGGGCCAAGAAGUACACACUCGUCAGCUACGGCACCGGUGAGAGUGAACCAGAGUACGAGGUCGACGACAGCGACGAGGAAGACGCCAGAGCGAUCAAAUUCACCCUCGUAGCCACCACCAGCGGAUCAGAGCUUGAGGAGGACUUUAUCACGAAUGCCCAGGGCGGUGGCAGAGUGCUAACCUUCGACUGGGACACAGGACUACUCGAGAUCGAGCGCAAGCUCAACUCCGGAGAGGAGAUGGAGCAACUGCCCAACACCACGGGAAAGGGGGCCACAAUGUUCGCCCAUCGCCGCCAGCGCAUGGAUGAGAUCGUUGGCGAACAUGAGGAGAUGAGACGCCAGGGGAUUCCCGUGGAGGGGGUACAGGAGGUGGAGAAACAUGCAGCCAACCAGCAGAUGGAGGAGCGCUCGUACAUGCAGGCCACCACAGAGAGGCAGGCCUACAUGGACUUUAGCAUGCACCAGAAGCAGCAGCAACAGUAUCAGAAGUACCAAGAGCAGCAGUACUAUGAACAGCAGCAGCAGCAGCAACAACAACAGUACGAGCAGCAGCAAUACCAGCAGCAACAACAACAGUACGAACAGCAGCAGUACCAGCAGCAACAACAAUAUCAUCAACAGCAGCAAGAGUACCAACAGCAGCAUAUUCAGCAGUACUCCUCUAACAUGAAUGGCAUGGCCAACCAUCAAACCAAUGAAAUGCAGAGUUCCAUGAGCAAUCAAACUGCCCAACCCUUCUCAUUACAAAACCAGAUGCCCGCCCUGUUUUCUGCCCCAGUGAGUGGGAGCAACCAAGAGAUGAUGGGUCAGGGAGAGCAGAUUGCCUCACGCGACGAGCGCAUUUCGACGCCAGCAAUCAAGUCUGGGAUCUUGCAGGACACAAGGAACAGGUUCAAGGGCAAGCCAAUGUUCAAUUUCAAACAAGCACCCAAAGUGUCACCCAACCCCGAGCUUCUGAAUCUCCUCAACAGGAGUGACAAGAAGUUGGAUUCCGAGUCAUGCACGGAAGAGGACUAUCUUAGCUUGGGUGCUGAGGCUUGCAACUUCCUCCAGUCACCAAGGGUCAAGCAUAAAACGCCUCCACCAGUGGCUCCCAAGCCCAUCAUUAACCCAAACUCUCCACCCUGGUCCCCUCAGCCUGAGCUGGCCAACCAGGAGUUGCCACUGCAUGCUGAAAAUAGCGUCCCUGCACCUGCUGCAGCCCUUGAGACCGAGUCCGCCCCAGAACCGGCCCCAGAGCCCUCCCCUCCUUUUGCCCCCCAGGAAGCUCCUGUUCCUGCCAAGCCCCCCUCUCCAGCCAAACACACAUGGAGUCCCCCAGGGUCCCAGGCACAGCAGCAGCAGCCCCAGCAAGCGCCAGCCUGGGGAGGAAAUGGUCCCUCACCAACUCAGCCUCAUUCGCAACCCGAGCCUCAAGUGAGUUCCUGGGCUCCGUCACUAACACAGGCAUCACAGCAGCCACUUGUGAGUACUUGGCCACCUGCUGAAAUGAAGCACCAGGCUCCAGCUCCAAGUAAGUCCCCACCACAGCUCCCUUGGGUGACUCCCCAACCACCCCCUCCUCAGCCUCAGCCACCCAUUAAUUCUUGGGCUAUAGCGCCUGCCCAGUCACAACUCCAAUGGGUUCAACCUCAAGAACAGCAACAGCCCCAGGCACCUUGGGCUCAACCUCAAGAACAAGCACAGCAACAUCCCCAGGCACCUUGGGCUAAACAGCCUCAGUCUCCAGAACAGGCUUGGCCCCAGGACCAGCCUCAGCCACCUUGGGUGUCAUCAUCUCAGCCUCCAAUGAAUGCAUGGACACCACCACAGAGCCAUACCCAGCCACAACAACCACCUUGGGCCCAACAAGCUCAACCCCAACAUCCAGCUCAGCCUCAACCCCAUAUGAAUGCAUGGGCCCCAGCACCUGCUCAGGCUCAGGUCCAGCCUCCAUGGGCCCAGCUAUCUCCAGAGCAAGAACAGCCACCCAUGAAUGCCUGGGCCCCAGAUCAGAAUCAGGCCCGGCCACAGCCACCUUGGGUCCAACCACCUUCAACCCAAUCCUCACCCCAGCAAAACUGGCAACAACCACCUCCACAGCAGGCACCCUUACAGCCACCUAUGAAUGCAUGGGCCCCAGCUCAGGCACAGCCUCAGACACACACAAGUACCUGGGCCCCACAACCACAGCAAGCCCCAGUGAAUACUCAGACCUGGAUGCACAGAGUGUGUCAACCUUCUCCAAAACCUUGGAAUGCUCCACAAAGUGCUCCCUGUUCUACUCCUCCACCUCCCCCACAGCGAAUUAACUCUUACACACUUGACGAAAGGUCCUCGUCACCCGUCAUCAAUCCAAUGGCCAGUGUUUUGGCACCAGUAGGAGGAAUGGGCUCGGCUUUGUCGAUGCCAGCGGUUCGGGGGAAAGGAGCCGAUUUGUUCGCCAAGAGGCAGUCUCGUAUGGAGAAGUAUGUCGUGGAUUCGGACACUGUGCUGGCAGCCACUGCACAGGCAGCACAGCAAGCCCAGGCAGCCACUGUGCAGGCAAACAAGGCAAGGCCCACGUCGCCCUCUCCCUCCGUACCUCAUCCGUGGAAAUAUUCACCCAAUUGCAGAGCUCCCCCUACAUCGAAUUACAACCCCAUACAGUCCCCUUCCUACCCACCAGGGGCCAUUAAGCAACCCCCUCCAUCUAGCCCUGUGGUCAAAGCAAAGAAAGGGAAAGGCAAACCUGCCUGCAAACCCCUUGCCGUUAUAGAUGUCAUGAAACAUCAGCCUUAUCAGCUCAAUGCCUCCCUCUUUACUUAUGGCCCAGCAGUGGAGGCUGCCGAGGCUGCCAAGGCCGCCGCACCAAAGCCUGCCCCAGUCCCUCCAAACCAAAACCAACCAAUAAGAUAUGAGCACGCUGCCCCUGUCCAGCCGGCUGGACAAAUGAAUGCUCCCUAUUCACAGCAGCCCCAGCAGCUCUACGGGAUUACCCCUCAACCACCCAUGCAUGAUAGUCCAUACCACCCAGCCUCACCUAAUGCUUACCAGCCAUCUAACAAUCCCUACCAGCAGGUUCCUGCUGGCCCUUACCAACAUCCAUAUAAUCCCCCUUACAAACAAGCCCCUCCAGACCCUUAUCAAUCCCAGCAGCAAGCUCAAAACCCUUCUUACCAACACACCCCCCAAGGUCCUUAUCAGCCAUCCCAUAGCCCCCCCUACCAAGCAGCACCCCAAGCCCCAUACCAGCCACUACCUCCCAGUACCUACGUGGUGCCCAGCUUUCCCAUAGCGGCAAAGUCUGAGUCAGUCUCUGGGGGCAGCACCGCUCCAAAGCCCAGGUUCAUGGCCAAAAAGAGUUCAGCCCAGGUGUGGAAGCCAGCAGCUGUGGGGAAAGAGUAAUUCUGAUAGCAUAAUUAAGUGAUCUUUCCUUAAAAGAACAGUAGAUCUAGUUACAACAUAUACAUGCACAGUACAUUCAUAUAAAUGCUAUAUAUUCAUAGAAAGCUUUUAAGAUGCCUUUUCAACAUUUUAUAGCCAACAUAUUUUUUUAAAUAAAUACUAGAAUUUUAAAAAGGCCCGAUGCAGCUGUUUUGAUCUCAAUAUCAAAUCAUUUCUGUGUAAGAAUUAAGUACCUUACUGUUUUAUUUUUUAAUUAAAAUGGUUAAAAACAAACAAAUUGCGUCUUAGCAAAGAGCAAUUUCUCAAGCAAGAAUUUUGCUAGGACUGUCUGGGAGUGGUCUAAGUGAGGGGCCUAAUUGGACGAGCCUAAUGGGAGGGUUACAUAACCUGAAAACUAGAUGUUAUUGGUAGAGUGGUUUGAAACUAUUUGUUAUUGGUAUAUUAACUUAUACUGCCUGGUGAUGUCGGCAGGCAGGCCAAAACGCCAUCCAACCAAAGUUUCAGGCUCUUACACUGAAAUGGCAUUAUCAUAUUGUCACAAUUCCCCAGUAUUAUUCCAACCUCAUACUGUGGAAAAAUAUAUAUAAAACACAGGAUAUUCACAUUUUUGACUGCACUGGGCCUUUAAUAUAUAAAAUUUGGAUGUAUUUUUCCACCUGCUAUGCAUUCACUCUUUACAUGUAUACAACUAUAUAAUAUCUUCGUUUUUCAAGCAAAGCUUUUCAAUGUUGGUUUCUUUGCAAUAUUGCAAUGCACAAUACAUAGAAAAUUAAAUAUGAUAUUGAUAUAUCUCAAUUAUCUAAGCCCAAAAAUGAUAAAAUGUAGUUUUUCAGGAAAUCCACAAAAUGCAUUCAAUAGACUUAUGAUGUGUGCAGGCAUUGCCAGAAUGUGAACGAGGAUAAUAGCCAGCAAGAAUUCAGAGGAACAGGUGAAUGUAUAUUGCUGAGAAAGUUACAAUUGGAAAUGAGAGAUACUUUAAAGGGAAUUUAAGAAAAGGUUGGAGUACUAAGGCGGUGUGUGAGCCAGUGACAAGUUUGAUAAGAUCUUCUGCAAUAUCAACAGUGUAUUUGUUAGCUGUUAAGAUGUGCAAUAAUUUGUCAAAAUUGACCUUGAAUGAUCUGAGAAGAAAAUUAUUAGUAGCGACUAAGAGGUUUAAGACACUGAGAGCUUGGCACCAUAAGGCUCUAUCUGCUAAAAGACCAUUCUGAGAUAAUUGGCUGUACAGUUUCAAACCCUCAUUGGUUUGAAAGGUGUCAGUAAUUUUUAAACUUAUUCUAUUAAGUGUAACAACAUGAAUUGGGGGUAUUUAGAGUACUUUAUAGGUAGAGAACAUUGAACAGAACAAGACUACGUCAAUGACAACAUUUGGACAACAAUGUAGAUAGAACCUUAUCGUCCCAAGCUCUCGACAUGGUUUGGGAGACCAGGAGUGGUCAGUGGAAACAUAUUUAGGGUCAGGUUUGAGAGCCGCCUGGCUUCAUUUGACAUGUGUUUUGUAAGUACAGUGACGUUACUUAGAUUUGGUGGAUAUAAUGUUCAUAUGCAAUAGUGAAUAGGAAACAUGGCUACUUCAUUUACCAAACAUUCAUAAAUUGCAUUGCAAAAAGGGAAUGUUUUGUAUUUUAUAAAUUGAAGUAUACAUAUAAAAGUCUUGUAUUUUUUUCUUAGGGUCCCGUCUCCUGGAGGUGGAAGGUACUUGCACAAGUUUAAGAUGUAGAUCUGGUACAAUUUCAAUCAGUGUCUUCCAAAAGACCCUGCUUGAAUUGUUUUAGAUUCAUUUUUACCAGUUAUUGCGUCAUGUUAGGUCACUAAAUGUAAACUUUUCCAUGUCACAGAUGAUGUGUGUGCGUGAGUGAAAGCUGUCGGUUUGGGAGGAUUAGUGGGCUCGUAUUAUUUCAACAACAUGAAUGGCAGUCGCUCACUAGACCUCCAGCUAUUCUGUCUUUUCUCACGCUUCUAAUUUUAGCUUUGCAUAUUUUUUUCCCCUGUUUCUGUACACCUGCUUUGGUUUAACAUAAUGGCCAAAAAAGACAUUAAAAAGAGAUAUUGAAAUAAGCAGUUACAGAAAAAGGGGAGUUUGGAUGAACCACCCUGUCAUUUGAAUGGCAUACAUUUGUUAGUGUUGCUUUCUCUUGUUCUGUCGAUUCUUUUUCAUUUUCUUUUGUGUUUCUUUUUCAUAGUGCACUUUCUGUACGAUUCAUGUCAGUGCCAUUAAAAUGCCUUUUACCCUUA